AUGACACAAUUUCAAACGUUUCUCAGCGCUUCACUUUACUUUCUUUCUUUCAUUGGCCUCAUCUACGCGAUAAAGAUUCACUCGGAUGGAAUCGAUUUAGAGGAUAUUGACUUGAAAAAGUUGGAAUCGAUUUCACGGAUUGCUUCACAGAUCGAUAUGGUAACGAUUCCGAUGUCUCCACCUAGAUUGGCAACACCAUUCCCAACUCUGCAACGAGUGAUGAGAAAAUAUUGGCAACCAAAGGCAUUGAGUAAUGAAGGAGUGGAUGAUGGAGAUUAUGGAGAACGACGAGAUUCGAGUUUUGAAAUUCGUCAGAAAUCUGUCUCAUUGUUCCGACAAAUCACUUCUCCAUCAAUCACAAAAAUCCCAAUCAUUUUGAUGACACAAAAUCGCCCAUUACAAGUCACCACAGACAUCCCAUUUCAAACGACUACUCGACAAUUUUUGAGAAUAAAGUCAGUGAUCCCGAUCAUGCAAACCUACUCGGAUGAGAAACCCGUCGACAUCAAAGUUCUACCGUCAGCACUUGGACAGUUCAUCCCGCUGGCACCGAUCGCUCACGAGGCUCCCAGCCGACUUCAAGGGACCCCGGUGCUGAGAACGGUCUUGCGCGCACACCUCGUCCGCGGCUCAUCAGGGAAAAGCGAUCAAGUCGAAUACGUGCCGUAUCGAUAUGUGGCUUUAUCGCAAAGCAUCUCUCCUCCCGUCACCCGUCAACCGCCACUCGGUCCCCCGUCGAUUCUCGACCAG